UUGACAGCUUGUACAUGUACAGUAGAUGUACCAAUUUAUAUGUAUAACAAACAGGACAUUUAAUCAGAUACAUAGAUAGCUAUCCUCGUAACCGACGAUGUAAAUGCAAAAGUUUACGAUAAAUAGAUAAAGGCGAAACUUGAGGUGUUUUACUGUCUCGGAUGUGAAGAUAUCGGGGGAACACGAGUAAGAAUGGUUAUGGAUGAAGAAGACUUUAAUUUCUACAGAUUAUGGAAGAUUGAGAACAAUGGUACACUUCCAGCAUUAAUUGAUUUGUUUGAAACACUAUGGGUAAGAACAUAUCCUGAUAUACCCUGGGAAAAAGACGCUGAAAGUGUUAAACAGUUUGAGGAAAAAGAUGAGGAACUAUUUCAACAAAGCAUUGGAGGACACCGCGAAAUGUCGAGAAGAGUUACAAAUCGAAAACAAAGGCAAAAACUUUUCAGGGACUCCAACUGGUCUAGUUAUAAAUGGGAUGUCAGCAAAGUUGCUCAUGCUCUUAUUGACUCGAAAUUGUUUGACAUGACAAUGUGCGAUGACCAUGGAAUGGAAGUCAGUGAACACGUUGUGAAAAUAAAAGGCAUUCGUAACGAAUCGGCACACUCAGUACCAGGACACUACACGGCAGAUUAUUUUAAGAAAACAGUUGACGAGUUGAAAACUCAUAUAAUAGCACUGGAACAAGCAGGUAUCAGUGUGGGUCAGUAUAUUGCUAAAGUAGAGCAGAUUGUAUUAUUUACUAAACCAGCUGAUGGACAGGAGCUGGAGUCGUUAAAAAAAGAAUGUGAAAGCCUUAAAAUCUUGCAACAGGUAAAUAAAGAAAAAGAGAAAAGAUACAUUCUGCUCGAACAAACAAUUACUGAUAAUGAACGCAUUUCGGAGAGAAUCGACAAUUUAUUGCAAGAAAGGGACUCUUUAAUGAAACUUCUAUCAAAUAAACAUUCAGUGGAAAUCGACGAACUGAAAUCUCGCAUUGAAGAAGAAUUAAAAGACUGGAUAGAGAAAUAUUCAGUAGCUUGUCAGAAACAUCAUGCUGAUUAUGAUUAUCUAGAACAAGUAACUGACGAGCUGAUUACAUCACAUACUAACAAACCUGAUGUACUUCAGAAACAAAAUAGUUUUCUUAGAGAUGUCAUUGUAAGUACACAUAACAAGCAUAGUAAUGAAAUGGAAACUCUUCGAUCAGAAGUAGCCUCAUUGAAACAUACGAUUAUUAACAUCGACUCUGAAGAUUUUGAAAAUAUCAAUUACAGACAAAAGGAAAAAGAAGUCUUAGAGCUAAAGUUCUUUAACGAUCCUAGAUAUUACGUAUCGUUUAUAGUCGUUCUAAUUGUUUUUGUGAUUUAUAGUUUUAGUUUGGGCGGACAAUGAUAAUUAUGGGCAGCAGUUUACUUUGAUUUACUGAAACGUCAUCGAAGGUUAUAUAUCAUACAAACGUUUUAAAUCAGCCACCAAACCUGAACAAAAGCUUAUAUACUGAUACAACUGUCAUAAACGAGAACAAUUUCAUUAGACACUUUGCCUUCCAUUUUAUCGAAUUGUGUUAAACUAUUUGAUCUGCUUUGUGUAUAUUGUAAAUUGAAACUUGAACAUGUAUAUAUAUUCUGAGAAAUAAAAUAUGUAUAAACUAAACUAAAGAGGCAACCAGUGAUUAAAUCAUCAUAAUGCACGACGAGUCGACCAGUGAUUACAUCACCAAAAUGCAUGACGAGGCGACCAGUGAUUACAUCACCAUAAUGCACGAGGAGGCGACCAGUGAUAAUAUCACCAUAAUGCACGACGAGGCGACCAGUGAUAAUAUCACAAUAAUGCACGACGAGGCGACCAGUGAUUAUAUCACCAUUAUGCACGAAGAGGCAACCAGUGAUUAUAUCAUCAUAAUGCACGUAGAGGCAACCAUGUGAUUAUAUCACCAUAAAACACGAAGAGGCGACCAGUGAUUACAUCACCGUAAUGCACGAAG